UAGUUGCAAUUGUCACUCAGAAUGACAAACUUUAUAAUGCUGCUGUUCUGGCUCUUGGCCUAUAAUCAACUUUGGGCAUAUGGCGCCAAUGUGGUGCUGGAUGACUAUACCAAUCCCAACCCGGAGCGCAGAAAGCUCAUCUGGAAUCCAUUCCCUGACUCCUGUGGCCACAAUGCGACCAGUGUGCGCUGUGGCGGCGUUUGCCACGAAACCUGCACCUAUAAGUCUAUAAGUCAGUUCUGUGUUUACGCCUGUGGUGUGCCCUGCAUCUGCAAUCCCGGCUACAUCUUCAGUGAGCAAGAUCUCAGGUGUAUUUUGCGCAGCGACUGUCCACCUGGUGUCCAGCAACUAGUGGACUGGCAUCGUGUGUUCCAUUAAUAAGCUAUUCAGCUGUGCAACUCCUUUUGAAUGGAGCUUUUUCUGGGGAAAUUGCCCAGAAUUGCAGCAGUUCCAGACGAAGCUAGGUCUACUAACACUCCUUAAACAGAAGCUGCUAAUACUUUCAAUUAUAGUAUUUCUAAAGGUGUUCGAUUUAUUUUCAACCUUUGGAACUGAAUUAAAAAUGAAACGAAA